AUGCCAGAACCGGCCGCGCACAGCGACUCGCGCCCCUCCCCGCGAGUCACCUCCUUCUCGCGCAAGGCCUUGCACGCCGUAACGCAGGCAUAUGGCGGAGGCGGAGGCGGAGGCGGAGGCGGAGGCGGAAGCGGAAGCGGGAGCGGGAGCGGAGGUGCUCUGGGCUCCGUCGGUCUGCACGCGCCCCCCGGCUCCCGCCUUCCCUCCGCCUUGCAAGUCGCGAAAGGCGGCGGCGGCGGAUCCACCGCGUACGGCCCUCUCUCUCCGCCGUCCCCGCAUCACCCUGACAGCGCCAACCAGGGUGUGCAGCCCGAAUCGCCCGCUUCUACUUUCCUGCACACGCGCGACCCGUCGACGUCGGGAUUCUCCUCCUCCUCGUGCUCCUCCGCCGUUUCUUCCGCUUCCGGCGGCUCCGCCUUGUCUUCCUACCACGCUCCCCCCUUCUGCGCCGAUCUCUCUGCCGCUUCCGCCGCGUCCGCGGGCACAGGCGCGAGCGCGGGGGGGGAUCUCUCCGCAAGCCCUUCCCCUUGCGCCACUCCGAGCAGCGCCGCCAGCCCCGCCGCCAGCGGCGGCCCCCGCCAACGAGGACUUCUCUCCGCCGCUGCUGCCAACGGGCGGCACACGAUCAUCAACAACGGCGGUGGGGAAAGCGGGGGAAGCGGCGGGAGCCUUCCGGGGAGCCCCCGCGCGCGCAUGUUCGCGCGCACAGGCAGCGGCGGGGGAGUGGGAAUCAGGCCCCGCGGCACUCACGGGGGAGCGGCGGCGGGAGCCACAAAGAGCGGAUACGGACAGGCGGAACGGGAAGGGAGUGGAAGAGCAGGCACGGGCGGGCCAAGCGCGCUGAGCCGACUCGGCCACGGCAACCACAGAAGUGGCAGCGGCUCCAGUGCUGGCGGCGCGGGCGGCGCUGGUGGCGCUGCGGAUGAUAACGAUUUUCUGUUCAGUCCUCUGGGGCCCUCCUCCCCUUCCUCCUCCGCAUGUGACGCGAUCGGCAACUUUAUAGCGAAGCAGCAUCGGACGGCAGGCCACGAUCGCAUGUCGUCGGUCGAUUCUAAAUACUCCUCGGCAGCGUCGGACGCGCCGUGCUUCGCGGAGGAAGAAGGGCUCGAGAGUCCUCGUGGCGCACACGAAUCUGGCGGCGGCGGCGCGGGUGGCGGGGGAGGCGGAGGCGCCGUGUGGAGCUCGUCGCGCGGACGGGAGAGCCGAAGUAACUCCGCGCUGGCUCUUGCCGCGGCCUCCGCCGUCGCUGCCGCUUCCGCUGCUGCUGGUGCUGCACCGGAUGGCAAUCCCCACCAUCGCCGCACUUCCCGCAAGCCGAGUCGCGAUUUGCCCUCCCCGCCGAUGAGCGAGAUUCCGUCGAUCGCAGAGGGGGCGGACGAUCCGUACGGGACUUCUGACGACGCGGCGGGGGAAGAUCGAGAGGAUCUGGAUGAUCGCGCGAGCGAGUUCGGAUCGCACCAUGCCGAGUCGCACUAUGGUUCGGAACUAGGCUCGGAGAUAUCCCUAUCCGAUAUAUUCGGCACCGAGUGUUCCAAGUCCAGCAACGGGACUCGCGGCGGGAAACCCGCGCGCCGCGAGUCGCCUAAGGAAGGGAACGAGCCGCGGAAGGAGGAAGAAGGCAAAGACGGAAAAGGCGGGAAACGAGAAGGGGAAACGAAAGCCGGAGGGGGAAGAGGAGGAGGCGGGGGAGGCGGAAAGGGCGGAUGGAUACUAGGUGGGGGGAAAACGCGGGGAGCGCACGCGGGGGGAGAGAAAGGGAAGGGGUUCGCGGGGCUGCUGGGCGGGAGGGGGAGCUCCGCGCAAAAGAGGGGAGCAGCAGCGCAAAAACAAAACCAGGCGCAGGAGGGCUCAGAAGAAGAACAACGAGAGGAAGAGAAACAGCAGCAGGGGUUUCAGCUGCCCGUGGGGGACGCGGAGGAGGAUUACUCGGCUAUUUUCACCAAGGCGCGGGAGGACAAGCGCAACGGGCGCAACGCCCCCAUCCUCCCCCGCUUUGCUGGGAACCUCGAUGUGAAGGAGGGCGCUGGCGCAGGGGCGAGGGGUGGCGGCGGUGCUGGUGGUGAUGAUGGGGAUGGUGUUGGUUUUGCUGCUUCGGCUGCAGCAGCUGCUGCUGCGGGAGCGGUGGAUUAUUCGUUCAAGUUCAACCAGGCGAGGGAGCAGAAGCGCAACGGCAGGCCUGCGGGAAUCAUUCUCCCUGCAUUUGGCGAGGCGAUGGCGGCGGGAAUGGCUGGGGGUGGCGGCGCUGGUGGUGACACAGCUAGAAAUGGCGGUGGGGGUAUGGAUGGUGAUGGAAGCGAGCUCGAGAUGAUGGCAUGUGAGAAAGGCGCCGAUGCUGCAGAGGGAGGCGCGGCAGCAGAGAAGAAAUUGUGGAGGAUUCUGUCCAAGAAGAUGUUCAAGCAAGGAGUUCACACAUAA